AUGAUGGCCAUGAACGCCAAGCAGCCGUUCGCCAUGCACGCCCUGCAGGAGCCCAAGUUCUCCGGCCUGCACUCCAGCGCGGAGGCGAUGCGCAGAGUUUGCCUCCCGGCCCCGCAGCUGCAGGGCAAUAUAUUCGGGAGCUUCGAUGAGAGCCUGCUGGCCCGCGCCGAGGCUCUGGCCGCCGUCGACAUCGCCCCCCACGCCAAGGGCCACCACCACCAGCCCCCCUUCAAGCCCGACGUCUCCUUCCCCGCCAUGAGCGGCGUCCCCUGCCCCGCUGCCCUCCCGCACCCCGCCGCGCUGGCCGCCCACCCGCACCCGCUCCCGCACCCGGCGCUGGACGGCGGCGACCUGCUGGAGCACCUCUCUCCCUCGCUGGCCGUCGGGGGGCUGGCCGAGCCCCCCGCCCUGCCCGCCCCGCUGCCGCCGCACCCGCUGGCUGCCGCGGGCCCCUUGGCCGUGGGCGUGGGCCCCCCGGGGGGCCCGGCGCCGCCGCCCACCGCCCCCGAGGCCGAGGCGGACCCGCGGGAGCUGGAGGCCUUCGCCGAGCGCUUCAAGCAGCGGCGGGUGCGGCUGGGGGUGACCCAGGCCGACGUGGGGGCAGCGCUGGCCGCGCUGAAGCUGCCGGGCGUGGGCUCGCUCAGCCAGAGCACGAUCUGCCGCUUCGAGUCGCUGACGCUGUCGCACAACAACAUGUCGGCGCUGCGGCCGGUGCUGCAGGCCUGGCUGGAGGGCGCCGAGGCGGCCCAGCGCGACCGCAGCCACGGCCCCGACCCGCUGCUGGCCGGCGCCGAGCGCAAGCGCAAGCGGACCUCGAUCGCCGCCCCCGAGAAGCGCUCGCUGGAGGCUUAUUUCGCCCUGCAGCCCCGGCCCUCCUCCGAGAAGAUCGCCGCUAUCGCCGAGAAGCUGGACCUCAAGAAGAACGUGGUGCGCGUCUGGUUCUGCAACCAGCGCCAGAAGCAGAAGCGCAUGAAGUACUCGGCCGUGCACUGA